UUCCUGGAGAAUGAAGUGCCGUUUGGUUUCCUUGUCAACGGAAGAUGAAGUGAACAACUGAACAUCUCCCCAGUGCAGGGCUGAAGUCAAGUGAGCCAACCAUGACCGGCAAAACACAGACCAGUAAUGUCACCAAUAAGAAUGAUCCCAAAUCCAUCAACUCCAGAGUCUUCAUUGGUAAUCUUAACACAGCCAUUGUCAAAAAAGGAGAUAUAGAAGCAAUCUUUGCGAAGUAUGGAAAAAUAGUUGGCUGUUCAGUGCACAAAGGUUAUGCAUUUGUACAAUACAUGAGUGAGAGGCAUGCAAGAGCUGCUGUGGCAGGGGAGAAUGCCAGGAUCAUUGCAGGACAACCACUGGACAUUAACAUGGCAGGGGAGCCAAAACCAUACAGACCUAAGCUGGGAAAUAAGCGACCACUUUCCGCUCUCUACAGACUUGAAUCAAAGGAACCUUUCCUCUCUGUUGGUGGUUAUGUCUUUGAUUAUGAUUAUUACAGAGAUGAUUUCUACAAUCGGUUGUUUGAUUACCAUAGCCGGGUCCCUGCCCCACCUCGUGCUGUGAUUCCAUUGAAACGCCCACGGGUAACAAUCACAGCAACUCGCAGAGGAAAAGGGGUGUUCUCCAUGAAAGGAACAUCAAGGUCGACAUCGAGUGGAACUUCAUCAGGAUCAAAAUUGAAAUCAGAUGAGUUACAGACAAUCAAGAAGGAAUUAACUCAAAUAAAAACAAAAAUUGAUUCUUUGCUAGGAAGACUGGAGAAGAUUGAAAAGCAACAGAAAGCUCAAUCAGAAAUCCAAAAGAAACAAAUAGAGGACAGUGUAGAGUUGAUCCAAGAAGAAUGCAUAUCAGAGAAUGCUGACAACUCUGCAGAAGAGCCUAUUGAAGGAGGGCUGGAUGGGGACGGAGACGAAAUGACAGAUGGGAUAGAGGAAGAUUUUGAUGAGGAUGGCAGUAAUGAACUGUUUCUACAGAUCAAAUGAAUUGGGACCCUUACACAAUCCUUUUGGAAGCUGAGAAGACAAUUCAUAGACUUCCCUGUGUGAAAAUGUAAACUACAGUUUCUUGUCAGCUCAUAGCAUCUUUGACUCAAUUUGUAUGAAGAACUGAAUUUACUUUUGGAAAUGGACAUGUUCAAAACUUAGAAAUUACAUUUCUUAUAUGUUUAAAUCUACACAAUUGUCAUAUUUUUAUGGUUUAGACUGUAAAUGUGUUUCUCCUGGCUAAUCAUUGGUAUUUUUUUUUUACUUUUGAUGUCAGCCAAUGACUUGUAUGAUAAUAUGAAGGACAUAUUUAAAAGAAAUAAUGUAUACAAAUGUAUAUUUGUAAAAGCUAUUUUUAUGAUUAGCAUGUUUUAUGGUUCAUCAUAUUUAUAGUCAGGUGAUAUUGCACUUAAAUGUUUACAGCAUAAUGAAAAGAGAUCAUCAAAGAUUUAUGAGCCAAUAUAUAUUUUAUUUUUAUUCCUGUUUUAAAGCAAAUACGUACUUUAGUGGGGUUAUAGAAAAGGACAAAUUAAUAUUUGUCUUUGACAUUUUUUUAGUGCAUCAUUACACUAAAAUGGAUAUAAUUUGCAUAUGUUCUGUGGACAGUUUCCAGUGAUAUCAGUAGAAAACAAUCAUUAAUGUCAAUAUAUCCCAACCCUUAUCUUGCUACUCUUAGCUUCAGAUAAGCACAUUUUGGAUAGGAUAUAGAUCAGUAUGGUUCAAAAAUCUCUCAAUUCUUCUAUGAGUGUUGCCAUGUUGUAAAGUUGGCAUGUUUGAUGCAUAUCUGCUUUCUGUUCCACUGAAUUGCCUUUAUUUGAGCUCUUCACUCAGGUGACUGGAGGCUCUGGUUUUAACCUAUUUUAACCAGACAGACAGACAGACAGACAGAUGCAUCAGUUUGUCUGGGGUUAAAUUGCCAAAUGAUGGGAGUGCUGUUUCAGUACUCAACAGUGAAGUACCAUAGAUACAGUAUGUCAUCUCUUUCCUCUCAAUAACAUAUAAAAGGUGUUAGUUAGUUCCAUUUCCCUUCUUUUUCACUCUUGCUCACAGAAUGAGGCUUGAAACUGGAUUGUUUCCAAUAAUGAGUCCACGUUAAUCAGUUUUAUGAUUCUGGAUAAGCUCAUCCUCUCCCUCCCU